AUGAGUAAAAAAGUCAUUUGCCUAUUCGACGUUGAUGGAACACUGACAAAGCCACGCAAUAUUAUAUCCGAUCAUAUGUCUGGAUUUUUGCUUAAAUUGUGCUCUAAUAUUCCCUUGGCUGUGGUUAGUGGUUCGGAUUUCCAGAAAGUUUCGUCACAGAUUGGGACAUUAGCUACCGAAAAAUUUCCAUAUAUAUUCUCUGAAAAUGGUUUAGUAGUACACAAUUAUGGUCAGAAAAUUAAAAGUACAAAUAUUGUUGAGCAUGUUGGGGAAGACACCCUUCAACGUUUCAUCAAUUUUUGUCUCCAGUAUAUGUCGAACCUCUGGCUUCCGAGGAAAAGAGGAAAUUUUAUUGAAUUCAGAAAUGGCUUGAUAAAUGUUUGUCCAGUUGGACGAAGCUGUAGCCAAGAAGAACGAGAUGAAUUUGCUGAAUAUGAUGCGAAACAUAAAAUUCGCGAAAAUUUCGUCAUGAAAAUGCGUUCGGAAUUUCAUUCAAGUCCUUUACAAUUCGCUAUUGGUGGACAAAUUAGUAUUGAUGUUUUUCCAAAAGGUUGGGACAAACGAUACUGUUUACAAUUCCUGGAAGAUUACGAUACUAUACAUUUUUUUGGCGACAAAACAGAAGAGGGUGGAAAUGAUUACGAAAUAUUCAGUGACUCACGAACUAUUGGACAUACUGUCACAUCACCGGAAAAUACAGAAGCUCAACUCAAAGCGUUAUUCCCUGAAUAUUGUUAA